UCCAUAUAUAGGGUGGGACUGGAAGGAUAUCUGAAAAAGUAGCCACAUUUUCACAGACCAGGCAGAGCUAAGGAGAUGCAAAACAAACGUAUGACAACAUGAGGAGCAGAUGUUGAUGGAGGAAGACAAUGACAACACAGGAGCUGGCGGAGGAUGGGGAUCUAAAAUAAAACCUGUGCCUCCAGCCAACAAGAAAGUAGAAGAGAUGGAGAAUGUAGCUGAAAUCAAGGUGAAGUCAGUGAAGAGCUCUGAAGAGAUCAACAGAAAGAAACAAUAUCAAAGAGAAACUGAAACACUGCUUGGCAGACUUCACCUUCACGACACACAUCAAAAGAAAUUGUCACCAGCAGAUUUUCUUAAAGUAGGUCCACUUGUGAAACAGGACCAUGGCACAUCAGAAAAAGAACUCGCUCAUACUUUUCUUCAGAGGUUGAUGAUGUUAGACUACAGAGCCAGAUAUAUUCCUGUAAGACAAGAUAGAGAUGAGGUGACCCAUUCAAAGCCUGUUCUAGAGUGGAACACUGGUGACACAGACGACGAUGAUUUAGAUGCUCUUUUUAGCACCACUGUAGACUUUGACCAAUCAAGACAGACUCACGUGCAUCCAAUGGAUGUUCAAAUGGCCGUAUAUCACUGCUCAGACAGCUUUUUCAAGCAGAACAUGAUUACAAAGCUAUCACAAUGUCAGUAUGCCUUACCUUUGCUUGUUCCUGACCCAGUCACAAUGGAAAUUGAAUGUCCUCUGUGGACUUUCAGGCAAAUAAGAAAAACAUGGAGGGUAACUGAAAUCAAAGAUAAUUCAAACACCGUCACCAUGAAGAGCAUGCCCAUCUGCAAAGCUGAGACACCCAUGGUGUCAUUUCUCCGCCUGGGUUCACUAUCUCUGUCUAAGUCACAGCUGAUUAACACUUUGAUCAAUGAACGUCACAGCACCUUCUUCCACAGAAACUGCCCAGGUAGCACCAAGUCUCGCCAUAUGAUGGAUGGUGUGGCAGAGAUUGCCUGGUACUGCCCUGCUGGAAAACCCAAUGAUGCCUUCAUUGACUGCAUUGCCUUCUGUAAUCUUCAUGGUGAUGCUCAGUUAAUUGCAAAACAGCGUGACAUACUGACUGGCAAAUCUUCAGUCAAUGUCAUUCUUGUACCAACUUUGGGAAAAGGUGACAAAAGUACCACAGUUAUCUCAGCCCUUUACAAGUCUCCAAAGCCUCUCAUAAUUCUCAUUGCUGAUAAUGAUGGUGGUGCAGUUCAGAUGAAAGAGGGAAAAUACAAAAUGGGUCUUCGAGACAGAAGUCAGUCAGAUGUGUCUGAAGAACUGACAAAAAUCAUUGGAAGAAUUUUGUCAGGACCACAUGCAUCCUUCCGGCUUGAAACCAUGGCUGAAGUCUCUGGAAUCAGAGUGGAUGAAGAUGACAAAGUCUGCCAAAAAGGAAAGUCUGCUGCGAUGAAAACUGUCAACUUGCUUCAGGGGAUGGAUGUUUCAAAGAUCAAAGAUACAUUUCUCCCUUGUCAAGGCCAACUGUGGCACAAGUGGUGCAGAAUAAACAAAGAACUGUAUCACCUCAAAGGACACAUUGAGAAGGAGAAAUGUAAAAAGCAAAAGGAACUGAUGCGAAUACGACAAGAUCAAUGCACUGCUUCCUGUAGUAAACCAAUGAAGUUGUUCACUGAAACCCUCUCGUCGUUGCCAUCAACAGAAAGAGAGUAUUUCCUGAGGUGGACUCAAAUUUUGAUUGAUGCCCUCUCCACAGAUGAUCUGUCUUUAAUUUUACAGAGCUAUGAUGAAAAGUGGUCUGAGGUCUUGGCUUUGAAAAAGAAGCAUGACAAAUCUGAUCUGUUAAAAAGAAAGCAAACUGAGCUUGAACAAAUAUCAACAAAACUACAGUCUGCCACUUUUGGCUUAGAGCACAUCAUAAGAGAAAUGGGACAGAUCUAUGAAGCCCAUGCAUCUCUGCAGAAACAAACAACGAGGGGACAAACUGACUGGUCUAAAUACCCUGAGCUGGCUGCAGAGCUGAUGAUAUCAGGACACCCAAUGGAGCUGAUGGAUGGUGAUGCAGGUCAUGUACCUUAAAAAUGGAUCUCUAGUCUUUUAGAUGAGGUCAUCAAGAAACUGGGCGACAAGAGAGUUUUUGUUUUGUCAGUGCUGGGUGUACAAAGCAGUGGAAAAUCAACAAUGCUGAAUGCCAUGUUUGGGUUACAGUUUGCAGUGAGUGCUGGCAGGUGCACCAAGGGUGCCUUCAUGCAGCUGGUCAAAGUUUCAGAUGAGAUCAAGAAAGACUUUAAAUUUGACUACAUUAUAGUGGUGGACACUGAAGGACUGCGCGCUCUUGAGUUGGAGGGUAACACCAGUCUUCACCACGACAAUGAAUUGGCAACAUUUGUUGUUGGUCUGGGAAACAUGACACUAAUCAACAUCUUUGGAGAAAAUCCAUCUGAAAUGCAAGAUGUUCUGCAGAUUGUUGUUCAGGCUUUCAUGAGGAUGAAGAAAGUUCAACUUACUCCAAGUUGUGUGUUUGUUCACCAGAAUGUUACAGAUAUUACAGCUGCAGAGAAGAACAUGCAUGGAAAAAGGCAGCUGCAAGAAAAACUGGACAAGAUGGCCCAACUAGCAGCCAAAGAGGAGGUUUGUGAUGCUGAGUGCUUCAGUGACAUCAUUGCAUUUGAUGUACAGAAAGACGUGAAAUACUUUGCCCAACUAUGGGAGGGAAGUCCACCUAUGGCUCCUCCAAAUCCAGGUUACAGUGAGAGCGUCCAAGAGCUGAAGAAAAUCAUCCUCUCAAAAGCUUCACAGUCAGCUGGAAUUACUCUCUCACAGUUCAAAAGCAAAAAUCAGGACCUGUGGAAUGCACUAAUGAAUGAACAGUUUGUUUUAAGUUUCAAAAACACACUUGAAAUAGCAGUGUACAGAAAACUUGAGGUUCAGUAUGGGAACUGGACCUGGGCCCUGAGGAGCAACAUGUUGACUAUUGAGAAUGGGCUUUACACCAGAAUUGAAAAUGGAAAACUUGACAAGGUUGAGCUCAGUUAUCUUCAUAAGGAAAUGAACGCAACGUACGGAGAAAUAAAAAAAGCAAUGACAGCAUACUUUGAUGAUGAAAGAGACAAAGAAAUACUGGUUCAGUGGCGAGGACGAUUCGAAAGCAAAAUCAAGGAGUUUCAUGAUGAACAAGUGAGAGGAGUCAAAAGAAAACUGGAUGAAGUAAUUGAGCAGAAAAAUGCUUGUAAAAAGCUUGAUGAUAAGAAGACAGAGUUUGAGAACAAACUGCUACAAAAGAGCAAAAAGCUUGCUCAUCAGUUAAAGGACAAGGCAAAAGAUGAAGAGGAACUUAAAAAACAGUUCAACUCUGUUUGGAGUGGUUGGGUUCGUGAGGUAACUGCAGGUACAAAACCUAUUGAGGACAUCAGCUAUGAAGGAGAUCUGACAAUUAUCCUUCAGGAGCUUGGUUUUGAAUGGUCUCUUAUCGCUGAAUCUGAAAGCAGUGGCAGGUACAAACAAAUAGCAGAGGUGGGUGAUUACAUUCAUUAUGUGGCUCUCAGCAAGGACAGGGAUAAAGAAAAUUGUUCUAGUCCUGCAAACAGAUUCUUUGAAUUUGUUUCAGAAACAACUACAAAAGCAGAAUAUUACCUUAAGGGGUAUUUUCAGUAUGAAGAACAGAAACUGAUCAGAUCCCUCAUUGACAGCAUUGAAAAACAGUCCCUUGAUGCAAUCAAGAACAAACCUGUCGCUACAAGAGGCUACAGUCCAAUUUACUUGCAAGAAGUGGCCAACAAUGUCAAAGAAAAUGUGACAAAAUUUGAAUCAAAGAGGAAAUAUGCUCUAAAGAAGGAGUUUACAGUUGAUCUUUUACUGUUUGUGUUUGACAAGGCAGGAAGAUGGCUUUCAGAGUCCCAUAAGAAAUUCAAAAUGGACAAUGAUGCAGUCACUUAUGUAGAAAGCAAGAAAAUGCAAUAUUACAACAUUUUCAGAAGCUUCUGCAGAGGAAGCUCAUCUGCUGUUGUGUUUGGAGAACUGAUCUGUGAGAAACUGAGUAGUUCCACUGUUGAGGCCGUCUGUAACAAGACUGCUAUUGAUCUUGCUGGAGAGAUGAAGUGCAGUUUCCCAGCAUUCAGUGGGAACAGGUUGAACUUGGAGAAACACGUGCUGAAAUCACUGGCUGAGAAAGAGGACUUUGGUGGUUUUAUCACCUACAUCCGACACCCAAGGAGCCAAGCAGAGACUUUCAUAAGAGAGGAAGUACAAAAAUACAUCUUCACAGACAACAAAAUUAAAGCACAGAAAAUACUAAAAAAAAAUGCUGAAGACAUCAGUAAGCUUGUGAGUCGAGCUUUAUUCACUGCAACAGAGAAAGUCAAAAUCAAGAGAGGAGGCUCAGAAAUGUGGAUAAAGGAGUUUUCCAGUUUGCUAAAAGAUGAGCUAACAUUUGACACCAUUUGCUCUCAGAACUUCAGUGACAUAAACAAUUUUGACUUCCUUAAAGAAGAGACAGAGAAAGGCCUUGUAUCUGUCAUAAAGGAAGUGAGCAACCUCUCGCUGGACAAGAUGGAGGAAUUCAGGCUGAAACCCGAUCAAAUUCUCAUCGAUCAACUGUGCAACUGCUGCUGGGUAACAUGUCCUUUCUGUGCAGCUGUUUGUACCAACACGCUGGGAAAUCACAGUCCCGAUGACCACAGCGUGCCUUUUCAUCGAUCUCCUGCAGUCAAUGGUAUGCACGUAAGAAACUCAGUGGAAAUGGUUGUUGAGUUCUGCACAACAAAUGUUGCAAGUGAUUUAAGCUUUUACCCUGAUCAAGUUUCAGAAGAGCUUAUUCCCUACAAGAAGUACCGUACUGCUGGCCUCUAUUAUGCAAACUGGAGAAUCACCCCUGAUGAGUCCAAGCUGAAAUAUUGGACAUGGUUUGUGUGCAAAUUUCAGAAUCAACUGGAGGACUACUAUAAAUUAAAAUUCCAAGGCAUUGGUGAAAUUCCCAGCGAGUGGAGAACACACUCCAAGGAAGAUGCCAUUAAAAGUCUGGAUGAAAUGUUCAAUCUGUGAGCCAACACCACCACAACCCUGCUGAAAGUCAUGAUAAUGGACAUCAACAGUCAUAAAUCAAAUGCUUAGUUGCUUAGUUAGUGUUUCUGAAAAUGAAAACUGCUUCUGUGAAGGUUAAGCAGAACACCAUAUAUGUUUUUUUAAAGAGAGAGAGCAAGGACUGAUGAAAUUCUAAAACUGUUGCAUUUCAAAAUACACAAAAUUUGAAGUUCUCAAGUGUUCUCAAAUGAACACUGAAAGAUUUGUGAAAGAGUGGGUGAAAGACAACUAUUAUGUUGUAACUAAUAGAAGGAAUAUUUCUUUGCUAAACUGUAUUAUUAUCUACUUGUAAACUGCAUCUGAAAAUUACGUCAAACAAGUGUUGUCAGUAUUUACACACGUCUUUUUAUAGGAAUUAUUGUGUUAAAAUGCUCAUGGUGCUCGUAGCUGCCAAAAUAUAAUGAAGGAUAUGCAUAAUGAAGUAUAACCUAACAGUGACUGAUGUGAAACUGUAUUAUCAUGUAAUGAUGAAAGCCUGGAGAGGUAGUAGGCUUCUGUUUAUAAGCAUGUGCCUGUGUGUGACAAAGAAUGAUAUACAAGUAUAAUGUGCAAUGUAACCAGUUCUUCCAUCUCAAAAGCGUCUUCUCCAGACACACAUGGAAGCUUUUGUUUGCAAGCAAUAAGUAAUCCUUAUGAAUAAGCUGCCUGUCAUUGAAAUUAAUUAAAUUAAUUGCCAGCUUUUAUUGUCAUCGAGGACCACAAUGGAAAUAAGCCUUUGGACUUUAUUGUGUAUUUUAAUCCUCAACAAUUUUUAAUUAAUGUAUAUGAAACUGAUCUGCAGUUACUCAUGUAUGUUUUUUUAAAUGUUGUCAAAUAUACCUACCUAUACCUACCUACCUACCUAAUAAGGGUUAAAGACAGAUGUUUCAGUAUUGAUUGCUCUUCAUUUCACCCUAAGUAGAUGCAACAUGUUUUCUGUUUGCCAGUCUGUUUGACAGUCUCUACAUUUCAGAUUUAGUCAUGUUGAAGAAUAUUUCAAAAAUAGCUGAUAAGGAUUCUUUGUGUUUCUGAAGCAUUUGAAGUGUUAAGAUGUGUUAUGUUCAUUUUAUUUCAACCAAUCUGUAUUACAUCCACACCUGUAUGAGUUGUUUUUUAUUAUAUUCUUGCUUUGUUCUUAAUAUCCUGAUAUCCAGAAGUGAUGUAAACAAUGUUAAGUUGUUGAAAAGACAUCUGCUGAGUUUCACAUCUCAUGUACUAAAUAAAUAACUACUUCAUAUCUAC